UAUUAUAUAGAAUGGGAGACAGCAGUGAGACGAUACCACAACUCCGUUCCAACAGAUUAGUUCCGCCUAUCCUAGAAUCAGGGAGACUAAAACGCAAGUUAUCUGUGGCAAGUUCGGGGGACGAGGAGUACGAACCAGUCCCUGAAGCUGAGGGAAAGGAGGGGAUGGAGGAGGGGCUGGAGGAGGGACUGGUAGAGAGUGUGGAUGAUGAGAGUUCUAUUCAGUGUGAUGAGGAUGAGAAAGAUGACGAUGAGAUAGAAGAUCUGAAGAAAGAGGGUGAUAUACCACUGGAUGAGUUGAUGGUUAUGUACGGACUCAAUAACAACGAAGAAGAAGACUUUAAGGUAAAAGAAGAAUCCCAAGACUCUGUUAGUGAUACAGACAGCGCGGAGAUGGAGCGACGGAUGAGUAUGUACGAUAAAGAUGACUGGAAGAAAGAGAUCUCCGUUGGACCUGAGUUUCAGGCAGAAAUACCAACACUCUUGGACAAGGACAAAGUGACAGAAGAGGAUGAGAAAGAAGAGGAGAAAGAUACCCUCCUCUGGAGGCCAGACAAACUCAACUCAGAGGAUUUAAACAGAUACUUGUCAAAGGUAUACUCUUUAGACGAAUUGCCGAUAGCGGACGCCCACAGGGAUGAUGAAGAGGCACUGUUUAAUCUACACUCGCACGGCUACAAAGUGGAAAACGCGCUUGAGAGGGCCGAGAAACAAGCCAGUUCUCGUAACAGAUGUUGUGUGGGCGAAAACAUGAAACCCUGGAGCGAGGAUGAGUGUCAGGGAUUUGAAAACGGAUUAAAGCUGUACGGCAAGCAAUUUCACUUAAUUCAGAAGAACUUGGUUCCUAGUCGGACAAUCAGCGAAGUGGUUCAGUUUUACUAUCUCUGGAAAAAGACUGAAAGGUACGACAUCUUCAUCCAGUACUACAGACUGGGGAGUACUCGCUUCAUCUUCAACCCGGGGCAGCCCCUCGACCUGGACCGGUCCAACUAUGUGUACAGCUCACAAGAACAGCACGAUCUGGCAGAUGUGAAGGAGGAGGCUUCUUUGGAGCACCCGUCCUUACAGAUGGGAGCUCAAGCAGAAGCGGACACAGUCGGUCCCAGCAUACUACCCUGAGGGACACAGGAAAUAACUAAACUCCAUCACACACGAAUCUCUUUGGCAAAGUCUCUUCAGAUCCUAAUAAAGUCCCGUGAACGACCUACUGUGAUUUUAACUGUUAUUUAUACCGUUUGCGCACAGGAGUAUACAUAUUACAAUAUUAUGUAACAUUAAACUAUAUAAACUAAUAAUUGUUAAACGGGUUUGUGUGAGAAUAAAGGCAUCGGUUUUGUUAGAAAGCUUUUCGGCCACGAUUUAUAUAAUUUAAAUUUGAUUAAUUUGUUACCGUACCUAUUCAGUAUAUUUAUAUCCACGUUUCCUUAAUAAGUAGAGGUGAAGUUGGGAUUUAAUAUGGGUUUGAGUUUAAAAGUACAUGUCCUUUAGUGACCACUCGACACCUCAGCUAAAUACAGCUUGAAGGGUCCCACAUACAGAAAGUUUUUAAUUUCCUCGCAGAUCAAUGUUUCCUCCCUAAAAUGUUUGUUAUUCCUUUAAAAUAAAAAGGUCAGGUCCUCUAAAAAUGUCUUUUUUGGCACCAAAUUUCCUCAAACAUUGCCUCGCAGAUUAUCAGGCCGCCUUUCUGGAUGUGGGAGAAGGGUUCGUUUAAAUCUUAUCCUGAAAGAAUUUUAUAAACCCGCUUUUUCUUCGACGUGGUCAUGAUUUUCCAAAACUGUCCGAAAUUAGUAAACUACACUGCCAACAUAAGCGACUGCUGUACUGCUGAAAUAAUGCAUGUUCAUAACUUAUUACUAUUUGAUUGCAGUGGAGCUUUGCAAGGUUGAGCGUUUGUUAAUAGUAGUGUUAUAGUAUCCAAUUAUUGCGGACUGCGGAGUUAUAGAAUUAAAGUAAAAAUGCUGCGGAUAAUGAUGUAUAUAGCUUGAAGUAUUUGACGAUCUUAUGAUAAAGUAUGUUCAUAAAAUUAUAAUAGAGAUGUCAUCAUCUGGAUAUUUUUAGAGUGAUCAAGUGUUAAGACAUUAUCGACGUUACCAUUUUUACUUGGUAUUGAUGUCGAAAAUUGCAGUCCAUCUUUCCAUAAAAGCGCAGAUAGUGGAUUGAUAUUUUGUAUCAGGCACAAUACAACUAUAAUAUUGAGAGUGCACCUGUUUAUAAAGUGGUACCGUAUAAAUUUAUGAUAAUAUUUUGUUGUACAAACUAUACAACCAAAUUAAAUUCUUAUCUUUA